AUGCUUCCUCCCUCCCCCUUACCCUGGCCUUUUCUCCACAAGACAUGUCCCCCCCCCUCUCUUUCUGUCUCUCUCUCUCUUUCUUUCUCUCUCUCUUUCUCUCUCUCUCUAUCUAUCUAUCUAUCUAUCAAUCUAUCUAUCUCUUUCUCUCUCUUUUUCUCUCUCCCCCUCUCUCUUUAUCUAUCUAUCUAUCUAUCUAUCUAUCUAUCUAUCUAUCUAGCCCCUCUCUUUUUUCUCUUCCUUUCUCUCUGUUUCUCUCUCUGUUCAUCUCUCUGUUUCUCUCUCUCUCCCUCGCUCUCUCUCUCUCUCCAUCUCGCUCUCUCUUUCUCUCUCUCCCUCUCGCUCUCUUUCUCGCCCUCUGUUUCUCUCUCCCCCUCUCUCUCUUUCUCUCUCCCACCCUCUCUCUCUCACUCUCACUCUCCCACUCUCACUGACUCUCACUCGUUCUCUCUCUCUCUUUCUCUCUCUCCCUUUCGCUCUCUUUUCUCUCUCGCCCUGUUUCGCUCCCCCCUCUCUCACUCCCUCUCUCUUUCUCCCUCCCUCUCUCAGUUUCACUCUCUCUCACUCUCCCAUUCUCUCCCACUCUCUCUCCCUCUCUCCCACUCUCUCUCUCUCACUCUCUCUCUCUCUCUGUCUCUGGGGACACAACUUCCAAAUAAAGCAUAUGACACACUCAUAUGCGCGCACACGGACACAUACGUAGCAACAAAUCACGUUAAUGCUUUCUUUACUUUUUUUCUGUUACGUCCAUCUUAA